CCCCCCCCCAACUAUUCAUCACAUACGUUCUUUUUGAAACAUAUGAAAAUGUCGAGCUUGCGCUCAAACUCAACUACAAUAAUAGUUUUAUUAAGUUUAGUCUUUGCCACUUUGAGUGGCCAGUGUCAAGGAGGCGAUGUCCCACUUGAAGUAGGUUUCUACAAAGGAAAAUGCUGGACAGCCGAUGUCGAGGCCAUUGUAGGCGGUGUUGUUCGAGCGCAGUUCAUGAAGAAUCCCAGUAUUACGGCUGCUCUCCUCCGCAUGCAAUUUCAUGACUGCUUUGUCAAUGGAUGUGAUGCAUCAAUUCUGCUCGACGGGAACAACACUGAGAAAACAGCAGGGCCCAAUCUGAGCGUCCGUGGCUAUGAAAUUAUUGAUGCAGCCAAAGCUGCAGUUGAGGCUAUCUGUCCUGGGGUGGUUUCAUGUGCUGAUAUCAUCGUUAUGGCGACAAGGGAUGCAGUCGCCCUGAGUGGAGGAGGACGGUACACUGUACAAACUGGGAGGAGAGACGGGACGACCUCUUCGGCUAAGAAUGUGGAUCUUCCAGCUCCUUCCAUAUCAGUCUCCGAUUCCAUCAAAGCAUUUGCCAAGAAAGGACUUGAUGCAACUGACAUGAUUUACCUUCUAGGUGGUCACACGGUUGGCAUUGCUCAUUGUUCGCUCUUUCAGGAUCGUCUCUACAACUUUCAAAAGACAGGCAAACCAGACCCGACCAUGGAUUCUUCACUACUUACAGCACUGAGGGCAAGAUGCCCUCCCAACACUACCGUUGACAACACGGUGAAUCUUGAUCAGAACCCUUUGAGCUCAAUGAUCGUUGAUAACUCCUACUACAGGCAAAUAAUUUUGCACAGAGGGAUUCUCCAAAUUGAUCAAGAAUUAGCUCUUGAUCCGCUGUCAAAGCCAACAGUCACAGCCAUUGCCAACGGAUUCGACUUCUCCACAAAGUUUGGACAAGCCAUGAUCAAGCUAGGUGCGGUCCAAGUCCUCACCGGCGAACAGGGAGAGAUCAGAGGUUCAUGCCGAGCCACCAACAAGCCUUCCAAGUAAUGAUGAUCUCAUUGAACUCCUGAAAAAGAAAAAAGCUCGGCUCUUUGUGCUUUACCCGUUCUCAGUUUGCUUCCUAUAUAUUUCAUUCGUCCCCCGUCUUUAAGUUCAUUCUUUUUGAGUUAAGAAAUCAUAAUCUGUUUCACUUCAACUAGCAUGAGAUUUGUAAUUCGAUCUUUUAUUCUAUUCCGUUGUUUUACAGGAAUCUAAGUACUGUUGGAAAUCUA